AUGUCUCGAAUACGAGAAGUAUGGGCUCCCAAUCUCGAACAGGAGAUGAACAACAUCCGCGAUCUAAUCGACAAGUAUCCCUAUGUCGCAAUGGACACCGAAUUUCCAGGCGUUGUGGCUCGUCCAAUAGGCUCCUUCAAGACAUCCUCGGACUACCAUUACCAGACGAUGCGAUGCAAUGUCGACUUGCUCAAGAUCAUUCAGGUCGGGCUCACCCUGGCGGAUGAGGAUGGGAACUACCCGCAGGAUGUCUCUACAUGGCAGUUCAAUUUCCACUUUAGCGUCAACGAAGACAUGUAUGCCCCGGAGUCUAUUGAGCUGUUGCAGAAAUCGGGCAUCGACCUGCAGCGGCAUGAAGAGAUGGGCAUUGAACCAAACGACUUCGCGGAGCUUAUGAUCACGUCGGGAUUGGUGCUGGCGCCGGAGACAAAAUGGAUCUCGUUCCAUAGCGGCUACGACUUUGGCUACUUUGUGAAGCUCCUCACUGCCGAAUCAUUACCAACAACAGAAGAGACGUUCUUCGAUGUUUUGCGGACAUGGUUUCCGACAAUAUACGACAUCAAAUUCGUAAUGCGGGCGUGCAAAGUCCUCAAAGGAGGAUUACAAGAUGUUGCAGAUGAUCUCGGUGUUAUGCGAAUAGGGCCCUCACAUCAGGCCGGGUCCGACUCGUUGCUGACCGCGUCCACAUUCUUCAAGAUGCGCGAAUUAUACUUCAACGAUUACAUUGACGACGCGGAGUACAAUCACAAGCUAUACGGCCUCGGUCAAACGUUCACUACAAACGGCAUCUCAGAGCCCGUGCGCGGGAGCGCCGCGACCAUCGCCGAGCGGGAGGACCGUGGGCCCGCACGCGACGCACAUAACCAGACGCCAGGUCCAGCGCAGGGCCAGAGUAUGGCCGGCAUCGCAAUGUCGCUCGGCGGCUCAAUGUCGACACCAUCGAUGGCGACUCAGUUACCGACGCCGCUCCCGUCCGCAUCCCCGUACGGUCCUAUGAAUGGCCCAUAUAUGCGGACGCCAAUUGGCGUCGGCGGGCGAUAG